ACUCCAAACUAAAACCCACAGCUUCAGACAGAGAUAGAGACAGAGAGAGAUGCAGAGCUUGAGAGGAGAAGUGGAGUUGAACAUGGGAGCCCAGAGAGCAUGAGAGAUGUACAGAGACAACGACGUCAUCAACAACAUCAACCCUCAUAUGCUUUCGGUUGCCAAGUACAUCCAUGGCGACGGAAGCCUGGCAGCAUCCGACUCUUCCAACUCGGACCUGGUAAUUCCAUUCAUUCAAUUGGUAGCUAAAAACCAAUUCCUCUGCCUCUCCAAACUGUUUUUUGUUGUGUGUCGUGCAGCUGUGCAGAGCUACGUGAAGGAAUCGACGGAGAAGAUAGAGAAGGUGGAACCCGGCCGCUCCGUGACGUACAGGGUCAUCGGUGGCGACCUGAGGGACAACAAUGGUCGGCGGUGGGUUACCGUGAAAGUGUGGCCAGCGGUGGGUUUGAUUUCCCCACAAGAUGCCCAACAAUGGCCGCCGAUGUAGGUAGCCAAUGGUUUUCUUUUUCCUUCCACAUUUUUUUUGUUUUAAUUAUUUUGUAAUUAUUGUAAUAAUAAGGUGGAAAUUAUUAAAAAAUUAUUUAUUAAUUACUUUUUAAUUGCCACGUCACUCAUUUAACGGUCAACUAUAAGAGCUGACCGCCACAUCAGCAAAAGUUAACGGAGACUAACGGCCAGUGACCAAACCUGAACUGUUAACCUAAUUUAAGUGACUACAGAUGGAAUAAAGUAAUUAUAGUGGCUAAUGUGAAAUUUACUAGUAAUUCAAGUGACCAAACUUGCAAUUUAGCCGGCAACUCAAUAUAGGAGUUGGAUCUAUAGUCAUACUUCUGGAAGUGGCUCGCAAUUGAUUCCCAUAUAAAUACUAUUUUUCAUC